AUGGUGCUGUCGGAAUUACAUGGAAAACUUACGCGUGCUCUGAGGCAGCUGGAUAAUGAGACUAUAAUUGACGAGAAGGUUUUGAAUGAUUGCUUGAACGAGAUCACAAGAGCUCUUCUUCAGUCUGAUGUGCAAUUCAGUCUCGUUCGAGAUCUGCAAAUUAAUAUUAAGAGGACUGUUAAUCUAGGCCAGCUUGCUCACGGUUAUCAUAAGCGCAAUAUUAUCCGACGGGCCGUUGAGGAGGAACUUUGCAAAAUUCUUGAUUCGGGAAAGACCUCCUAUGUACCAAAGAAAGGAAACGCAAGUGUAGUUCUGUUUGUAGGUUUGCAAGGUUCUGGAAAGACGACAACAUGUACCAAAUAUGCACAAUUUUACCGGAAGAAAGGUUUCAAACCAGCACUAGUGUGUGCUGACACAUUCAGAGCCGGUGCAUAUGACCAACUCAAGCAGAACGCCAUGAAGGCUAAUGUUCCCAUUUAUGGAAGCCACACGGAGUCAGAUCCUGUCCAAAUUGCAGUAGAAGGUGUAGACAGUUUUAGAAAGAAAACCCACGAUUUAAUAAUUGUGGACACCAGUGGGCGUCACAAGCAGGAAGAAGUUCUUUUUGAAGAGAUGCGUCAAAUCUCUGUAGCAACGAAUCCAGAUCUUGUCAUUUUUGUUAUGGAUAGCAGUAUUGGUCAAGCUACAUAUGAUCAAGCUCUAGCAUUUAAGCAAAGUGUUGCAGUUGGAGCUGUGAUUAUUACUAAGAUGGAUGGGCAUGCAAAGGGAGGAGGUGCUCUUAGUGCAGUUGCAGCAACAAAAAGUCCUGUCAUAUUUAUUGGAACUGGUGAACAUAUGGAUGAUUUUAAGGAGUUUGAUGUUAAACCAUUUGUCCUCCGUCUAUUAGGCAUGGGUGACAUAUCUGGGUUCACGAACAAAGUUCAUGAACUUGUUGCAGUAAAUCAGCAGCAUGACUUUAUGCAGAGACUUUCAGAUGGAAACUUCACCCUGAGGAACAUGUACCAAUUGUUCCAGAGCAUGCAUGAAAUGGGUCUUAUAAACGAGGUUUCUUCGAUGCUCGCUGGACUUGCUGCGCCGAAAGGCCAUGAAAAGGAAAGUCAGUUGAAGUUCAAACGCUUUAUGAUAAUGAUGGAUUCAAUGACUAAUGAAGAGUUAGAUUCGUCAAACCCGAAGCUCAUGAACAAGUCUCGAAUCCUUCGGAUUGCAAGAGGAUCUGGUCAUCGUGUAGAGGAAAUGGAGGAAAUGAUGGAGAAGUACAAAUUGAUGGCCACGAUUCCAAAAAGACGAGAUAUGAGUGCAGUGUCCCAAAACAGGAACUCACAAAGAAUGAUUCCUCCACAGAUGCUGAAUCAUAUUAGUAGAUUGGGUGGCUUAAAAGAUUUCAUGAAAAUGGGUUGGACAUGAGAUGUACCUGAAGGGGAGAAGGCGGACGAAUUUAUUUAUCAGUGAGUGAGAUGUAUUUAUAUACCACUAAAGCAAAGCAAUAUUUUGCCAUGACUGAACUAGGGCUGCACAUGGGCUGGGUUGGGCCGGUUUCGACCAUUCAAGCGACCCAACCCAUUUAGUACGGGUUAGAAAAAUUUAACCCAUUAAUCAUAAAAAGAAUUAGAAACCCAACCCUACUAAUUGUAUGACGGGUUGGGUUGGUUAGGGUAGGGUUGAUCGGGUUGAAAAAUUUGCAAGAUAAGCAUAAUCCAAAAUAUGUUUUGCACCAUUUUGUUGUAUACAAUUAGCAAUAACAUAGGACACUGCACCGAUACAAAAUAUCAGGUGCUUUUAGAGUGUAGAUAUUCUCUUCAUACUAAGGUGGACAGCUGAAUCUUAAUACACUAAUAACUAUUAAAAAUCAUGUUUCCGCCAUGAUAUAUAAUCAUAAGAACUAGCAAUGUGAGUCGUUUGAUUUGAACUAUAAAGCUUUAUUUCUAAUUGUUUCUGCACACUGCACUACACUCACUGCACAUUCUAUCAUCAAAUAAGUAAAUAUAGUUCCGUAAGCAACCAAAAAUAUUCUACUCCCUCCGUCUCUUAUUACUUUUCCUGUUUCUCUCUAGCACGUUUGUCAAUACACACUUUUGAUCCUUAAUAUCAUUAAUUUUGUAUUAGUAUUAAAUAUAAAAACUUCAUUGUAUUAAAGUACUUGUGAAUACGAAUCCAACAAGAUCACUUACGACUAUAUUUAGUCUUAUAAAUUAGACGUAAAUUAGUAAUUAGUCUCAUGUUAUGAACAGUCCCGACAUAUCAAACGAGAAAAGAAUAAAGAAACGGAGGGAGUAUUAGAGUGUUAAAGAUAUUUUGACCGGGUUGGGUUGGUUUAGGGUUUUUAAAAGUCAUAUUUCGACCCAACCCAUUAUAAACGGCUCAACCAAAAAUCAACCCAAUUAACCCACGGUUUGGAAUGGGUCGGGUUAGUCGGCCUAGUUCAAGGUUGGGUUGGGUUGGUUUGAACGGGUUGGACAACCCAUGAGCAGCCCUAGACUGA